GAGACGUAGAACGACAAAAAGAGUUGUUGCCAACAAAAUAAAUUCCUGCAGGAUGGCGAACCACGUAGCCGUUAGGUGCUCUUCUUCCCAAGCGAUCGAGUAGAGGAGCAGCACAUGACCACAAAUCUUUUUCUGCAAAGGGGCUUUAAUUCCGAGAAAAAGGAAGAAGGGGAGGGAAUUCUGUGUGAAAGAUGCGCGCCUGGUCGCUGCUCUCGGCGUCACCUUUUCAUCCUCACGCUGCCAACCCCCUGCGAUUAUCUUCUCCUUCUUCUUGUUCUUUGCAGUGCUCAGUGCCCACAGUUCCAGCAAAUGCCAGGACGAGGAAGCCUCCUCGUCGGGGGGUCGUCCUUGCGUCGACCGCAACUCCAUCGAGAACUCAGAGAAUAAUGGAAACUAUUUCACUUGCUGGUCAAGGAGCAGGAGGCGCUGGAGGCAGUUAUUCAUAUGAUGCCUUGAAAAGGUUGGACAAGCUGUGGCUCAGUAUUUGUUCUUCAAAACCAGAAAAUUUCAAACCUAGUGAAGUUGUUAAGAGGCUUGAUGGUUCAUUCUGGUACUCCAAUGACGAGAAGGAAAUAUCAGAUAAAUUUGACGUCUUAGUCUGUGGUGGUACUUUGGGAGUUUUCAUAGCUACUGCUUUGAGCCUUAGAGGUCUUAAAGUGGGAAUUGUUGAAAGAGACAUGGUGAAAGGGAGGGAGCAAGAGUGGAAUAUAUCUGAGAAAGAAUUACGGGAACUAGUUGAAGCUGGGAUUCUGUUAGAAAAUGAUAUAGAACAGGUCACUGUUGCAAAGUUUAAUCCAAACAGAUGUGGAUUUGAAGGAAAAGGUGAUAUUUGGGUUGAAGAUAUCCUUAAUCUCGGGGUUUCGCCUGCAAAACUAAUAGAAGUUGUGAAACAACGAUUUAUAAACUCUGGGGGAACCAUCUAUGAGGGCAGCAGCAUAUCUACCAUAUCUGUGUACGAUGAUUCUGUGAAACUGGGGGAUCCAGUUCUUCAUCCAUUUCUGCAGGACGUGGUCCAGUUUUGGCCACUGGCAAGGACAUUAGGAACUAUUGUGCUAAGCCAGCCACAAAUUCUUCCAUCGAUUUUCAAGCAGGACCUCAGUUGUUUGAUACUUGACAGCUGCAUAAAAUGCCUAGAGGGAAGGACAUGUUUUGGUCACAUGCAACUCAAAGCGAUGAUGGGAAGUUGAUUUGUGAAUUUUGUUCUGAGCAAUAUGCCGGAGGAAUUACACGAUUUAAGUAUCAUUUGGCUGGACUUCAGGGCAAUGAUGCUGCUCCAUGUUCUAAUGUGCCUGAAAAUGUCAAGCAAAGGGCAAUCAUAGCUUGUGGAGUUAUUUCUGACAGACCCAUGAAGAAGGGGAGAAUGCAAAGUGGAAGUGAAUCACAUUCAAGUGUAGGUUCACCAUCUUCAGGCAGCAAUUUUUUUUGUGGAACUUUGUCUGAGGGAGGAACAGGACAAGGCCAACAACAAACAAUUCCAGGCAUGAUGAAAAAAGUAGAAAAAGAUUUUGUGGAUAAGCUUCUACUGAAAGGUAUUGUAAUGAAUAACUUGCCUUUCAACUUGCUUCAAUCAGUGGAUUUCAAAAAUUUUGUUGCUGCUGCUACAAAUUUUGGACCAAGGUACAUUCUCCCGAGCUCUGAAACAACGAGAACGAAACUACUAGAUGAAGCAAGAAAAGAUGCUCUAGUAUAUGUUGAUGAAAUGAAGAAAACAUGGACAAAAUCUGGAUGCACAAUUAUGUCUGAUAUUUGGAAAGACACGAUUAGAAGCAAGUUCUAUAUAAACUUAUUGGUGAGCUCUCCAACUGGCACCGUAUUUUGGAAGGCAAGUCAAGUUGAAAAAGGCCCUAAAAGUGCAGAAUUUAUAGUUGAUUUUUUAUCUCCAACUAUAGAAGAAAUUGGGGCAAACAAUGUUGUACAGAUUGUUACCGAUAAUGGAAGCAAUUAUAGAAAAGCAAAACGUAUUCUUGAAGGAAAAUAUCCAAACAUUUUUACCACAUCUUGUGCUGCCCAUUGCAUUGACUUAAUGCUUGAAGACAUUGAUAGUUUAGAAGAUGUGAAAAAUAUCAUGUGCAAAGCAAGGCAGGCUGUCAAGUUCUUAUAUAAUAAGCAACAUGCUUUAGAUAUAAUGAGAACUUAUACAAAGGGAAAGGAGUUGAGGAGGCCCGGUGUGACUAGAUUUGCCUCUCAAUUUAUUUGUUUGGAUUCCAUCUUAAAACAAGAAGAGGGCCUGAAGUUUAUGGUUGCCUCCAAUGAUUGGAGACAUGUUGAAAACACUGAAAAAAAUGAUGCAAAAGAACUUACAAGGCUCAUUCAAAAUGAAGAUUUUUGGAGAAAGGGAAAAGAAAUAAUAAGGUUUGUUGAACCAUUAGUGAGAGUACUUAAGAUGGUAGAUGGGGAAGGAGCCACUAUGGGCUAUUUGUAUGAAGCACUUGAUAGAGCUAAAGAAGCUAUCAAGAGUGCAUGCAACAACAUGAGAGAAUAAUAUAUGCCAUAUUGGAGUAUAAUUGACAAGAGAUGGAACCGUAAUUUGAACAGUCCCAUAUAUGCCGCAGCAGCUUAUCUAAAUCCUCAUUUGUUCUGGAAUAAUAAAGUAAGGAUGAAUGAUGAAGUUCGGAAAGGUUUGGAGUUAGCAAUAGAAAAACUUCUUGUUCCUGAGGAUUGUGCAAAUAUGUCUCUUGAAUUGGCCAAAUAUCAAACCAGACAUCCAUCAUUAUUUCGUGGUGAGCUAUCCAUGAAUAUUAUUGACACUUCUCAUCCACGUGUUUGGUGGUUGAUAUGUGGAUGUUCUGUUCCUAUUCUUCAAAGAGUAGCAAUCAAAAUUUUAAGCCAGCCAUGCAGUGCAUCAGCUUGCGAAAGAAAUUGGAGUGCAUUUGAAGCUGUUAAUACAAAGAAGAGAAGCAAUCUUUUACCAUCUAGAUUAACUGAUUUGGUAUUCAUUAGAAUGAACAUGCAUUUGCAAAGCAUGGCUGCAGAAAUAGCAAACAUAAAUGCAGAUCGAAUCUAUAUUGACCAUGUGAAUCCAUUUCCAGAAGCUGAAAAUUUAGAGGUUGGGUUGUCUUCAGAUUUAGAAGAAGAAGAUGAUGAAGAAUGCGGACCAAGUAGAACAAAUGAAGAAGAUGACUCUACUUCAUGAGAUGAAGAUUAAUUAUGGAUAUGUUCUUUUUCUUUUUUAUUUAAGAAUGCUUUAAAUUGUGUUGGAAAGCCAUGAGGGAUAUAAACUUGAUGUUACUUAUGCAUUAGUUUGAUUCUGAUUUAUGCAUUACUUCGACUCUGAUUCUGAUUCUUGUUAUCUUAUUAGUUUCUCAUUUAUUUUACGUUUUUCUAAUUUUUAAGAAUUUUUUAGAUCUUUUUGAUUUCUCUAAAAAAAAUCGUUUUUUUAUCGUAUUUUUCAAUCCCAGCGUAUUAUACUCGAGAAAAACUUUGCCGUUUUAAACUCCGAGACUUUAUUCGUGACUAGGUGACAGGUGAUUUCUUGGAUGAGGCCAGUUUAUCACUGUUGAAUCCAUAUAUGAUUUGUAACAUCCUACUUUGGUUUGGAGAUAUUCCUUUCUUUGGUGCUUCAGUUUUCAUUUCCAGUCUGAACUGUUUCUUGCAGCCAAAUUUGAGCCCAUCUUGGCUUUUCCAAAAAGCAAUGUCAGCACAGUCAGAUGCCAAUGUGUCUCCUGACUUCAUAAAUGAACUUCUCUAUGUCAAUUUCCAGUCGAUGAAGGUUUCAACAUUCCCAGAUCGAAUUUCAG